CGCCGCUCUCCAUCCUCCACGCUCCCCUCCUCAGACCAUGUCGAGAUCAUCCCGAAACCCGCCCCCCACCGGCGCCGGCGCCACGCGACAGAACGAAUACUUCGUGCCUCGCGAUGGCAUCGACCGCGAGGUCAUCUCCGCCGACAUCUGUCGCUACCUGGGCAACGAUGCCUUGGUGCGUCCCGGCCACUACGAGAACCCGCAAACCGGCCAAGUUGUCCAAGGCUACUACAUCACCGCCUACAGGAACCUAACAACAGCCAUGAUUGAGGAUCUCAAGGCAGACUCCGCACGAUGGGACAGCGAGAGACGAGCGCAGACUUCGCGCAAUACCACUGGAGGUAUUCAUGCCUCGAGAAAUGCCAGUGGCGUUCCCGCGAGACACUCAUCUAACUCACCUGUAGUACAAUACCGCUACUCCGAGACGCACCAAUCUCGUCAACACCACGGCCCUACCGAAGCUUCCUACCAGCAGGAUCCCUAUGCUCGUGACUCCGGCUUUGACGGCCCCAGAUACCCAGGCACAGGCGCUCCCGGAUACACUGGUGCCGCUGGCUCAUCAUACCAGCAACAGGCCUAUGCCGCCACAAGUGGUGGUGCGUAUGGGAGCUACCCGCAGCCCCAACAGUCUCCUCCCCCCACGGAUCCCAGAUACGGCUCUACUCCCCAGUCCGGCUCCGUGUUGAACCAGGCCUUCCAGGCAGCCCAGGACCCCUACACCGCCAUGGGAACAAACUUGAACCGAAACCCCAGAGGAUACGCCGCCAAUGACCCGUAUGCUAACCCGGCCGCUUCAGCCGCCCCGUCUCAGCAGGCCGCCUAUGCCACCUCCGGCGCAUCACAACCAGGAUACCCGGCCACCACUUCUCCCUUCCAGUACUCUAGCCAGGUUCCUCCCCCAGCUGCUCAGUCCUAUGCUACGAUGCAGCCCCAGGACCCCUUCUACGGUCGCGCAGGCCAGUCCACUCAACAACAGCAGGGUUAUGCAACCCAGGCACAGCAGCAACAACAACAGCAGCAGCCACAGUAUGAUGAAACCCCCCGCACUCGCACUUCAGCGACACCAUCAAAUGCUCAAACAAAUCCCAGUGGUACGAGUAGCCGCCGUAGUGAACGUGAGAGCGACAGGCAUUCUUCCGACCGACACCACAGGGCCCCUCGUCGAUAAGCGUCCUUGGAGAACCGAGACAGAUCCCCCCCCUUUGAACUUGACGAGGCUACCCACCGCCCUCGCGAGUGUGUGAUGAUUUCUGCAUAAUGACCGGGUCAAAUGGAGUACGGCUUUUUCCCUUGGAUCGACGUCUUUCGUCCCGUCUUUUUUGUUCCACGGAUAAGGUCCCAGGUUUUCUUUCUCUGGCUGGUGCCACCCAGAG